AAACCCUACACCGAGACGGCUUGUCCGCCUCAAAUCUCCGGCAAAUCAAAGCAACAUCUUUCACUCUCAGCUCCCAAGCCCCCGCCCUAAAAUCUCUCUUCCAUUUCUCUCCUUCGACCUAACUCUCCAGAUUCGGUUAUCUUUCUCUCUCCCGCACUCUGCAUUCGAGAGGACACUAAGCCAUGGCAAUUGCUUCACAAACCCCUGAUAUAUUGGGUGAGCGCCAAUCUGGUCAGGAUGUUCGUACUCAAAAUGUUGUAGCGUGCCAAGCAGUUGCCAACAUCGUGAAAUCCUCGCUUGGACCUGUAGGCCUUGAUAAGAUGCUUGUGGAUGAUUAUGGGGACGUUACUAUCACUAAUGAUGGUGCAACAAUUCUCAAGAUGUUAGAAGUAGAGCAUCCUGCUGCAAAGGUGCUAGUGGAGUUGGCUGAACUCCAAGAUCGUGAAGUUGGUGAUGGCACAACUUCGGUAGUCAUUGUAGCAGCCGAGUUGCUCAAGAGAGCUAAUGAUUUGGUGAGAAACAAGAUUCAUCCAACUUCUAUAAUCAGUGGAUACAGGCUUGCCAUGAGAGAAGCAUGCAAGUAUGUCGAGGAAAAGUUGGCUGUAAAGGUUGAAAAGUUGGGAAAAGACUCGCUUAUUAAUUGUGCGAGGACGAGCAUGUCUUCUAAGUUGAUUACAAGUGAUAGCGACUUCUUUGCAAACUUAGUUGUAGAUGCAGUGCAAGCUGUCAAGAUGACCAAUGCAAGGGGAGAAAUUAAAUACCCAAUUAAGGGAAUCAACAUUUUGAAAGCUCAUGGAAAGAGUGCAAAAGAUAGCUAUCUGUUGAAUGGUUAUGCUUUAAAUACUGGCCGAGCAGCUCAAGGGAUGCCAGUAAGAGUUGCACCAGCAAGGAUUGCUUGCCUUGACUUCAAUCUUCAAAAGACAAAAAUGCAGCUGGGUGUGCAAGUUCUUGUCACUGACCCUCGGGAACUUGAGAAAAUUCGUCAGAGGGAGUCUGAUAUGAUGAAAGAACGUAUCGAGAAGCUUUUGAAAGCUGGGGCAAAUGUUGUUCUCACCACGAAAGGGAUUGAUGACAUGGCACUCAAGUAUUUUGUGGAAGCGGGUGCUAUUGCUGUCAGGCGAGUCAAAAAGGAGGACAUGCGCCACGUAGCCAAGGCUACUGGGGCAACCAUGGUUUCAACAUUUGCUGACAUGGAGGGGGAGGAAACUUUUGAGCCAUCACUUCUUGGAUAUGCUGAUGAGGUCGUUGAAGAAAGAAUUGCUGAUGAUGAUGUCGUUAUGAUAAAGGGUUCUAAAACUACUAGUGCGAUCUCCUUGAUCCUUAGAGGCGCCAAUGACUAUAUGCUCGACGAGAUGGAGAGGGCUUUGCACGAUGCAUUAUCUAUUGUCAAGAGGACUCUUGAGUCCAAUACGGUGGUAGCAGGUGGUGGUGCAGUUGAAUCUGCAUUGUCGGUGUAUUUGGAAUACCUUGCAACAACUCUAGGCUCGCGUGAGCAGUUGGCAAUUGCUGAGUUUGCCGAAUCUUUGUUAAUUAUUCCAAAGGUACUUGCAGUUAAUGCUGCUAAGGAUGCUACUGAGUUAGUUGCCAAACUACGAGCUUACCACCACACAGCGCAAACGAAGGCAGAUAAGAAGCAUCUCUCUAGCAUGGGACUCGAUCUAACCAAUGGAUCCAUUCGCAAUAAUUUAGAAGCUGGUGUUAUUGAACCUGCCAUGAGCAAAGUAAAGAUAAUUCAGUUUGCAACUGAAGCAGCAAUUACGAUUCUUCGUAUCGAUGAUAUGAUCAAACUUUACAAGGAUGAAACACAAAAUGAAGAGUAGGUUGGUUUUUCACGAUUCUGGAUAGAGGAUUACCUACAUUGAUAUUCUUCAUAGUUAGCGAGCCUGCUUAUUAGUGGCGUUAAGUUUAUUAUAAGGUAGAUUUGUAUCCAGGUGGUGAAGUGUGCAUUUCUAUCUUUUGUGUUAUUAUGUUGACAAUGAUGAGAGCUAUGAUCCAACCUGCUGCACCUUCUGAUGUCAUCGGGUCUUUUUUGGAGAAAUUUUGGCUGGCUUGGUUUGAGAUACCAUUUUUAUUUGAUAACCUCACCUUAUUUAGAUAUCUGUUUUCUUGUAAUUUUUAGCACUGGUUUUUGGACUUGGGAGCCUGUGUUAAUAGAAUAUGUUUUGAUUGUCA